GGCAUACGACAGCUUGUAUACUGGUACGGCGACCCAUGGACUUUGCGUCCCAGUAUCCUUUGACAACCCUGCUCAUGAGUUGUAAGGACCAAGGCUCACGACCAUAGUUCAAAGGCUUGCGAAACUUUCAGGAGCUUACACCGCAACGGGUGCUAUGCUUACUUGGCUGGCUAAGCAACACCAUGCUGCUAUAACUUUAUCUAUUUAGAGUUAAAUCAUUUAGGAAAUUAGCAGGACGCUUCUUGGGAAUGUCCCAUCACUUCGAGGCCCAGCAUUAUCGAGGGACUUAGAGCCUUACGACGUCCCCGCCGGUUCAGCCCCGUUCUAAGCAAGGCAUUACGUAGCAGUCUAGGAGCUCUGAGCUUGGAAUUGGAGUUUAGAAGCAGCGGCCCGGGGCAACGCGGAGCUCUGGGGCCAAGCCCAGAACGGCUUGGAAGGCUGGCGGAGGGGCGUACAUGAGAUGGUAUGCUGUAAUAUGAAGUUAACUGGCUUGCUCGGCAUGGGCUCUGGAACUGACCCUUGUGGUUUCUUGUUGUUUACUCCGUAUCUUCUUUCUUCGCCUGGCUCCGCCCUCCAACAAAAGAACAAGUACGAAAUCAUCUCUAUCGUCGGGGAGGGGGCAUACGGUGUAGUUCUCAAGUGCAGAAAUAAGGAGACAUCUGAGAUUGUGGCGGUGAAAAAGUUCAAGGAGAGCGACGAGGAUGAAAUCGUGCGCAAGACAACCUUGCGGGAGGUCAAAAUGCUGCGCGCGCUGCGGCAGGAAAACAUAGUAAAUUUGAAGGAGGCCUUUCGCCGCAAGCAAAAGCUGUAUUUGGUGUUUGAAUACGUGGAGCGGAACUUGCUCGAAAUCCUGGAGGAGCACCCAGGGGGCCUGGAGCAGGAGCAGGUACGGAACUACGUUUACCAGCUGGUGAAAGCGGUUGGCUGGUGCCACCAACACAACAUCGUACAUCGGGACAUUAAGCCGGAGAACUUGCUCAUCAGUCCCAGCUCCACGGGGGGCGUGGGGAAGCUCAAGCUGUGCGACUUUGGCUUUGCCCGCCAGCUGCCCCCUCCCGACGUGUCCAUCACGGACUACGUUUCCACGCGCUGGUAUCGCGCCCCGGAGCUGCUGCUGGGGUCCACGCACUACGGCAAGGAGGUGGACCUCUGGGCCAUAGGGUGUAUCAUGGCUGAGCUGCUUGACGGGCAGCCGCUCUUCCCCGGGGAAAGCGACAUUGACCAGCUCUACAUCCUGCAGCGGCUGCUCGGCCCCUUGACCCGAGAGCAGAACGACCUCUUCCUACGCAACCCACGCUUCAACGGCCUCAAGUUUCCCGACAUGCGCAACCCGGAGACGCUGGAGCGGAAGUACGCGAGCAAACUGCCGCACGACGCUUUGUCCUUUAUGAAGGGCUUGCUGGCGAUGGACCCCUCGCAGCGGCUCUCAUGCAGUCAGGCCCUGGCGCACCCCUACCUCGCGACGCUUGAGGAGAAGCACGUGGGCGGCGGCAGCAGCGCGGGGGGCCGCAUCAUGUCCGGCAGCCAAUCGGAGUCCGCCCACCGGCAGGUGGGGCGCAAGGUGUCGCUGCAGACGGGCAGCGUCAUGGGCGCAGACCCCAUGGACGAGGACGUGCCGUCGCCGCCGGCUACCAGCAGGCCCGAGCCUAUGGACCACGAUAUGUCAGACAGCGAAAGCACUGCCAGCACAAUUGCAGUUGCGAGACGCAAGGCCGCUGCUGCAGCCGCCGCAAAGGGAGGCAGUGGCGGCGGCGGGCAGGACGGGCGCGCUAACACAUCCCUCCGCGGCAGCGGCCGAAGGGACAUCAGCGAAAUGCAUGCAGCCGCCACCGCUGCCAUGGGCGCCAUGGGAGCAGGCGGGCCGGAGAUGUACGCCAACCGGCUUGACAGCGCCGGCUCCCGAGUUGGCACCCCGCAGCAAGGAGGCAAGGGCGGUCCAGGGUACGCCUCUCCAGGUGGCCAUCCGCAGCCGCGGCAGAGCCACUUGGGCAUGGGGCCCUACGGACCUCAGUCCGUGGAGCGCUUCAGCGCUUCCUCUCGCAGCACACCUCCUGGCGGUGGGCCCAAGCAGGGGCAGCCACCGCGCCACAUCAACAGCCCACCACAUCUCGAAGGCGGCGGUGCCUACGGGCCCGGAGGCGCCGCCGGCGGACGCACUUCGAUUGCUUCCGGCCAGCCGGUGCUGUACCAGACGAACGCGGCGGCAGGCGCAUCGAAGUUGAGUCGAGCACCCAGUCGCGGUGAUCCGUGGCCGAAUGCGCCUGCUAGCGGGCAACCAAGCCGUGGCAACAUUCCUCCGAUACCGCCGGGCGGAGGGCCGCGCAUAAGCGGGCAUUGGGACGAUGACGUGUCGUCAAUCAACAGCUUGAUGCUCCGGACAAGUGCAGAGGAUGUGCAGAAUGGUGGCGGUGCUGGCUAUGCGGCGUACGGCAAGGGUGCUAUGGCGCAACGUGGGGCCGGUGGCGGCAGCAUUGCUGGGGACUCGCAGCCUGAGCGGCCGUACUCGAGGGGCAUGCUGGGAGGCGCAGCGGGGCCCGGUAAAUUUGAGCCGGCGUACAAUCCGAACCAGAUAUGGCCGCAACUGGGUAUGCAGCAGCAGCGUAACCGUGGUAACUAUUAAGACCCGGCGUGAGCCCCCGUCAGUUGGCAACGUUGCAUGACCAACAUGACUUGGCGCGCGGUAUAGCGGUUGUGGUGAGGAUGUGGGCCAGGUUGUUUGCCCGGGGUAGGUAUGAAGUGGGGCCGUGUUCUCUUACGCCCGCUGCCGUCGCCGAGAGCCGCAAUAGCCGGCUUUUCCUUCCUUCUUCGUGUCUUUUGUCUGGUGUCUUGGUAAGAUUGACGCGAGCUUGCACACCUUCGCUUGCUGCGGUAAGACGACAGAACGCCUGCCCACAUGAUUCGUUCGGCUGUCCAUUUGUGCGCGUACCGUUGCCUCAACGACACCGAAACGGUGCUCUUGACUGGAAUAUCUUGUGUUGGACCCAAGCGUGGCGUGUCGGUUUGUCGGUUAUAUAGUGCUCUUUGUGACUAGCCCUUGCUGUCCGUCUUUAGUCUGGGGCGAGGGCUGUGGUACCCGUGCCUCCUAGACGCACGCAUGUGUUGGAAGGGCAUCCCGGUAAGCGUCUGGCUUUGGUGUUGGUCGCUCUGCUUGUAUGUUGGCAUGAGUGCGUUUGGCCUUACAUACUGAAGACGAAAACCUGGACAAAGACAAGUGGCUGGGAUGGUGACAGUUUGCGUAGGGGUAACGAAGGAUUUUGUUAGGCAGGAGCGUGUGUUUGGCAGACCCUCCGUGGUGCAUGCUGGUUGGCAGCACUGGAGUGCAAAGGGCUAUGGGUGGCCGUCUGCAGUAGCAGCUGGGACUUGCUUAUGAAGCUCUGAACUUAGUAUGUCCUUCUUUAAGUACAUAGAUAGCGGCCAUCUUCAGCGCAAAAUUAGAAAACUGUGACGCUGCAUCGGUGGUGGACAGUGUCCAAAAGCUGAUGUGGGGUUGGCAGCCGCUUAGAAGCCUCGGUUUGGGAGGCAGCCUUCGUGGAUAUGGCUGGGAGGGGCUUGAGGGUUUGCAUGGGUGCGCUUCGGGUUUAGGGUAUGAAAGCUGAAGGUUGGGCGCGUUAGGUUGCUGACCUGGUGACUGUACGUGACUCUCUCGAACUACAGACUACAACAUGUGACACCUUUUGUGGGUCGUUUAUGAAUACAAUGCCUGCUGUGCAGAAGGGCUGCCUUUGGUGCUUGCGGGCACAUGUGCAAAUGCGUGCUUAACCUGGGAGGAGUAACAGAUCCUUAUUAUGUUCGCAUAUGGAGGCUGAGUGUCCCUGGUAAACAGUUAAGUUAUCUGCCGGGUCCAUGAUUGCGGUUAGCACCAGUUAGACGAGUUACGUGGGAACAGCAUGUUGUGCCUUGGCCCACGGCUCAUCACGCAUGGCCGUUCUUCACCCAUCUAGGACGGAUGCCUUGGUAAGUGUUUCUUGCGUAGCCACGGGUGAUCCGUGAUCUUUCCAUAGCUGUCACUGUGCAUGCCUUUGCGAAAUACGUGGACUAUAAAUCUCGGUGCAAAGUCGGGCUAUGCCGGCAAUGGAGCAUGGUGUGUUGAUAGCAGGGAGAACUGGGAGGCAUCAAGCGGAAAGGUCAGAAGGCCUCAAUCGCUCGGUUGUUGCUGGUAUAGUCUGGGAGACACACCAUGCUCGUUUCUGGGUAUCGGAUAAGGCAGCAAUUGUAACAUGGAACUGUUUUACCUUGCGCGAGCUGAGACACGGACAUCUUGCGGACCUGUCAAAAGAGUUACAACGAUGGGACAGGACGUGUUGAAAGUUGGGC